UUUAGUAUAUAUAGAGAGUCCGGUAUCUAACAAAUCAUAUCAAAAUCUUAACGAGAUUUGAAUAUAAAAUUAUUCUUAAAAUUAAGUUUGAAAUUGAAAAAUAAGAUGUUGCUGAAAGGACUGUAUCUAGUGAUGACUGUCGCAACUGUAUAUGGCAAUGACUUAUUGGACAAAGCAAGAGAACUUCGAACAUGUGGAAGAUUUGAGGAGAGAAAAUGCAAUGACGACAAAGCCGCAGUUUAUUACACAUUAACCAAUCCGGGAAAGUGUUUAACGAAAGAAUGCCUUCUAAAGCCAAGUACUGGAUACACUGAAAAUCCUGACAGAAAUCCUUACGUGAAAUUUUUUCCUCAAAAAUUCUCACAGAAAAUUAUCUACACUUUCGAUGAAAUAAAGGCUAAAACAUGCGGUUUUCAAAAUCAACCAUGUACCUGUAAGCAAGGAGACAAAUGCACUUGUGACAACGAUAGACUCAAAAUAUGCAAGCAAAAAUAUAGAUAUGAAAGAAGCUACUUCCUUGUAAUUAACACAGCAAAACAAGCAAUCACCUUAACAAAGCCAGUGGUUUCUCAUUCUACACAGCAGAAACCUCAUCAUCACCAGCAAUACUAUAAUCAGCAACAAGCUCAGAUGAAUUCUCAACCCAACAGCUAUUCAUCGUAUAAUAACCCAGCUCCAUCGUAUAAUAACCCAGCCCCAAGCAACACCGAUAAUGGACAAGGAAACAAUUAUGAUGAAUGGUAUAGCACAAGAACAGGCGAACUUCCCAAUUAUUACCCCAAACAAAAUAUGCCGAGACCACAAAAUGUCGGCGGCAGCUCGAUCUUAAAUCAUCUUAUGAUGCAAAAAUUUAUGGGCGGUUCCAAAUCUGGAGGAAAUUCAGGUAUGAUGAAAUGGUUACUCAUGUCUCAGAUGAUGAAUAAACAAGGCACUGGACAACAACAACAACAACAACAACAACAACAACAACAAGUCGGAUAUGACACUGGAAACACUGCUCAGAAUCAUGCUUCCCACACACCUGGACCAAAUACCCAGCACAAAUCCAACGGACGACAAAAAGCAGCAAAACAUGGCACCGUGUUCAGUCCGACAAUGCUUUAUUACAUGAUGAAGAGAAACAAUAAAGACUCCGGUUCCAGUGGAAGUAAAUUUCUUCAAAUGUUACCAAUGUUAAUGGGAAAUAACAACUUAUUUGGAGGUCAAUUGGAACUCAAAUCUUUGUGGGUGCAAGUACCAUACGAUUGCAAAUGUGAACACAGGGAAGAACAAGAAUAUGAUGAUGACGAAGACGAUGAUGAUUCCAUAUUUUCACUCAUUCCAUAUUUGUUGGGAGGGGGAGGGAACCCUAUGACAGCAUUAAUGGGAGGGGGAGGGAACCCUAUGGCAGCAUUAAUGGGAGGGGGAGGGAACCCUAUGGCAGCCUUAAUGGGAGGGGGAGGGAACCCUAUGGCAGCCUUAAUGGGAGGGGGUGGAAACCCUAUGGCAGCAUUAAUGGGUGGAUCUGGUCUUGGUGGCAAUCCACUUAAUGUUUACAGCAUGCUAAUGAAUCAGAAUAAUAAUAAUAAUGACUAUGGCUCCCCUCGAUCAAAUUCGCUUCCAUUCUUACCAUACUAAAAUUUCGAAUCAAAUAAGUAGAUAUUUAGUUUAUGGCCUCUUUAAACUGAAAUAACAAAUACUUAAUUGAAUAUGAACAUUUUUUACUAUUGAAUGUGUGCAUUUUUGUUUUGAAUGAAUUUGUUUUAUCAUUUUGGAACUUGUUUAUUAUUUAUUUUGUUAAUAUAAAAAUUUUACUAAAACUA